GGAAAUAUUGAGAUACUAGUAAGAAUUAAUGUUUAAUUUUUGCAUCUAUAUUCAUUAGGGAGAUUGGUCUAUAGUUUUCUUUCUCUGUUUUUGACCUGCCUGGUUUUGGAAUCAGUACCAUGUUUGUGUCAUAAAAGGAGUUUGGUAGAACUCCCUCUUUGCUUUGAGGGCUUCUCAUAUGAUACCAGAUCAUGAUAGUCCCCUAGCAGCUUUGGCUUUUGAUGCAAGUGGUACCAAACUUGCCACAGCUUCUGAGAAGGGUACUGUUAUUAGGGUAUUUUCCAUUCCAAAAGGACAGAAAAUCUUUGAGUUCUGGAGAGCAGUGAAGAGGUGUGUAAGCAUCUGCUCUUUGGCCUUCAGUAUGGAUGGAAUGUUCCUCUCUGCUUCCAGUUACACUGAAACAGUGCACAUCUUCAAACUUGAGACUGUGAAAGAGAAACCUCAGGAGGAACCAGCUACCUGGACUGGUUUCUUUGGGAAAGUUCUUAUGGCCUCUACCAGCUAUUUGCCCUCUCAAGUAACAGAAAUGUUUAACCAGGGAAGGGCAUUUACUACUGUCCGGCUACCAUUCUGCGGUCACAAAAAUAUCUGUUCACUUGCCACAAUUCAGAAGAUUCCCCAAUUAUUAGUAGGAGCUUCUGAUGGUUACUUAUAU